UAUAUAAAUUUCCACACUUCUUCAUCAAAAUAUCAAUCAAACAAGAAAAGAAGCCAAGAAUCAGAAGUUCAAGAAUCAAGAAAGCUAAUACACAACAAACUAACAAUGGAUUUGGGAAGGUUUCCGAUAAUCUCAAUCCUCGAAGACAUGCUCGAAGUCCCUGAAGAGCACAACGAGAAGAUUCGCAACAAUCCAUCAAGAGCUUACAUGCGAGACGCUAAGGCAAUGGCUGCUACGCCAGCUGACGUCAUCGAGCACCCGAACGCUUACGCUUUCGUCGUUGACAUGCCUGGGAUCAAAGGAGACGAGAUCAAGGUUCAGGUAGAGAACGAGAACGUUCUUGUGGUGAGUGGAGAGAGGAAGAGGGAGAGCAAAGAGAACGAAGGUGUCAAGUAUGUGAGGAUGGAGAGAAGGAUGGGUAAGUUUAUGAGGAAGUUUCAGUUGCCUGAGAAUGCUGAUUUGGAAAAGAUCUCUGCUGUUUGUCAUGACGGUGUGUUAAAGGUUACUGUUCAGAAACUUCCUCCUCCUGAGCCUAAGAAGCCGAAGACUAUUCAGGUUCAAGUUGCCUGAUGAGCUUUGUUUGUCUGUGAUCGUGUUUUGUGUUUUGUUUUCGGUUUUGUAAUGGAUGUAAUGGGAGUGAAGCAAUAAGUGUGUGGUUCUAAUGUGGGAUUAUAUAAGUUGUUUCUCUGUUCAUCUUUCUCUUUGUAUGAUCUUCUAAUCAAUGAAGUUCUUUUUUUUUU